AAACCAUUUACGUAGAUAUGUCCCGUCCUUAAACUGUGUCUGUCUGCACUGUUGUUUGGAAUCAGAGACUGGAAAUAAUCAGUGAGGAACUCUGGUCUUCAGUACUGACACGUGCUUCAUAGACUCUCUUUGAUCUCAUCUUGUGUUAUCUGUCUGCGAUAUGAAUUUGAUACGUGAAUGUGUCACCUGGAUCUACACGAGGGAUAUGUGAAAUCAUUCUGUUGUAUCAAUCACUUGGUAACCUUUCACCUGAGCUUGCGGUCAGAGAUAUCAGCCUGAUAUCUGAGGAACGAAUCAACAUUUGUGAUAUCAACCUAUGAUUAACACCUGUGUCAUCAACCACAGUUAGGCUUUAUUAGAAACUAGAAUAACUAUGAAACUAUAGGCUGACAUCACAACAUAAAUGAAGCACUGUCUUUUCAUCUACCUUGCCUUUCUGUGCUUGUUACUCUACAUUGCGACGUGUCAUGCACAACGAGAACUGUACGAUCAUUUAUUUACCAACCACAGCACCGUAGUUCGGCCAGUGGCAAACGUCGUAAGCCCAGUGAACGUGACUGUGGGGUUUGGUCUAAUCAUUCUUGAGAACCACGACGAGAGACGGCAAGUAUUUAUCAGCCAAGGCGUUCUGACCGUCGCGUGGAAAGAUGAAACUCUCGCAUGGUCGAAACGUGACUUCAACGUGAGUAGGAUCAUCGUUCCAGCAAGUGCAUUGUGGGUACCCGAUCUGGUCAUUUUAAAUGACGUCAACAACAACGGCCACGUUACAACGGAUGGCAUCAGAGUCGUGUUACACUACACCGGCGACGUCAUGUUCAGUGUUGGAGGUAGACGUGAGACAUACUGUCGUAUUGACGUAACCGAGUUUCCCUUCGACACUCAAAGGUGUCAGAUCCGCUUCGGACAGUGGGCGUCUAUCAACUCCGAAGUACGAGUUACUCCAGCGUCCAGCAACAUAGAUCUGAGCGAUUACGUUGGCAACAACGGCGAGUACACCAUAGUGCACACGAACGUGGAGACUGUCACCCCUGAGUUAAGCAAUCAAACAGAACUGCGGUUUUGCGUGACAUUUACCCGAAAGAGUUUGUACUACAUUCAGCUAUGUGUCCUGCCCGUCAUCCUCCUGUCGGUUCUCAAUCUCGCCGUCUUUCUCGUCCCGAGUGAGAGUGGCGAGAAGAUGACUUUGGGUAUUUCAGUCUUUCUCUCCUACGCUGUAUUCCUCACCAUCAUCCACGGCUUUCUCCCUGAAAUCUCAGACACCAUAUCCUUAUAUGGCAUCUAUCUAAGCAUCAUGGUCUGCCUGAAGGUCCUGACCUUGUUGCUCUCCGUUGCCGUCCUCAAUAUGCACCAUAGCAAAAGCCAACAGCCUCCGCCAUCUUGGAUUAUGAAAUGCAGGCUGCUACUCCGUUGCAGAAGAAUGUCCUGGCACCUGGCACCCGAAACAGUAAUUGAUCCAGAUGACAGCGCCAAACUCAAGGCUGUCCACACUCAGUCAUGGCAGGAUGCUGCUCUAACUUUGGAUCGAAUGCUGUUCUUCAUAUUUUCUACUGUGACAUUUACCGUCACGGCAGUUUUCUUCUACGGUCUCACCAAAUGAUCACCCAUCCACCGGGGCAAGGUACAUUUGUCUAUGUGUACUUUUGUUUGUUUUUCGAUGUAUUCAGCAGUGCUGCAGCUAUGCCACGACAGCCUUUAAUUAAUGGAACUUCGUUUAUAUAAGUUAAUGGUUGAUGUUAUGACGGUCCGUUGACACGAAGUGAACAAGAUCACACACCCUACCACCCAUCUUGCUUAGUCACUG